GUUAUGCGGACAAGCUUGUUGUUUAGCUCUGUAAUUCUCGUGCUGUAUUGCCGUUGUGCGUCCGUCUUAUCGUAGGUGUCAGCAGAGAGACACGCGCGUGUGAAUUGUUCUGAAAAAACCAUUCGACAGAACGUGACAGCCGGAACGCGUGUGCUGUUGCCUUAACCAAAGUGGAUAGUUUCCGGUGGGACAGUCUCCACAGCAUCGCGGUUUGGAACUUGUGAGAUCUUAAAUUGAAAAGACGUUACCGUGUCUGUGGCCGGCUGUCGAGACAGCGUUGUGGAGUGGCUCACCGCCAAUUGUGUUCUUUUGUUGCGCAACAUUUGCUGAUUCAUAGGUGGGUUUGUUUGCUGGGCUGGGAAUCUCGAGCCACAGUUACAACAAGUUGGCUGAAUGUGCGUUUAAUUCGGGGGUGAUGGAUGCUAGGGAAAUCGCACGUCUGCAGUCUGCUUGUGUGGCAAGUAUGGUCGCAUAAUACCGUCAAUCACGCCCACGCGAAACCGGAACAUGUGAAGUGGUGUCUACCUGAGAGGGACACAUAGGUGCACAGCAGAAACAAGACGAAGAAGCAAAGGAAGGAUAAGUAAGUGUUGGGCCAAAAACAAAACCAGAACACGAAAGGCCAACGAAAGGAAAAGAAUUCUGUGCCAUAUCUGGUUGGCUUCAUUCUGGCUGCUACUGUUGUCGGGUCGGGAGUCAAGAAAACGAGUCUCGGGUGUCAUACAAUAAAUGUGCGGGUGAAAUUGGUACGGAAUUCUGCUCAACCAGAAGCUCGGUGGGAAACAAGUGUGUACAACGGGAAGAAACCGAACGGAAGCGGUGAAAAGGGAAGAAAAUAGCCUGUUAUGCAGUAAGUGACCCAGGUGACAAGUGAAGAAGUAGAAUCUACGCUGAAGAGUGCGCAAUUCUAGGGCAGGUAAUUUUUGGAGAUAAAAGGUGAAUUGGUUUGGCCAAAUGGUUCUCCCGUAGUGUUGUGGUUAUGAGAAAAGCUAAUUAAGUAUAAACGACCGUUGCCUGUGAAGCUUGUUAUCGUGGCAUUAUCGCAGCACGAAUUUCUUUGUCACCUCUGGCCCGAUUUCGAGACUGGUGUGCUCAAGCUGUCAACGAUGGACGAGAAGUCGAAAGGAAAGGAGCCGGAGUCCUCGUUCUGCUUCAUACGGGGUUCGGACCCGCGGGCGGCCACCUGUAGAGGCAAACUGCAGAGUCGGCGCUGUAAGCUCAACCAGGAAAUCAACAAGGAGCUGCGGCUGCGCGCUGGAGCUGAAAAUCUAUACAAAGCAACGACAAACAAGAAGCUGAAGGACACGGUCGCACUGGAGCUGAGUUUUGUCAAUUCCAACCUGCAGCUGCUGAAGGAGCAGCUCUCGGAGCUGAACUCGUCGAUGGAGAUUUACCAGGGCGAAGGUUUGGAUUACGUCAUACCGAUGAUCCCACUGGGCCUGAAGGAAACCAAAGAAGUCAACUUCAUGGAACCGUUUUCGGAUUUUAUCCUAGAGCACUACAGUGAAGAUUCGAGCGUGUACGAGGAUGCCAUUGCCGAUAUCACCGAUACGAGACAGGCUGCCAAAACCCCAACCAGGGAUGCGCAAGGCGUGGCGCUUCUGUUCCGCUACUACAACUUGUUGUACUAUGUUGAGAGACGGUUUUUCCCGCCCGAUCGAAGCCUAGGGGUUUAUUUUGAGUGGUACGACUCGCUCACCGGGGUACCCUCGUGUCAGCGUACGGUCGCAUUCGAGAAAGCCUGCAUCCUGUUCAAUCUGGCCGCUAUCUACACGCAGAUCGGGGCCAAGCAGGACCGCUCGUCCGAGAAGGGCCUGGACGCGGCGGUCGACAACUUCCUGCGGGCGGCCGGGGUGUUCAAGCACAUCUACGACACGUUCACGAAUGCGCCCUCGAUGGACCUUAAACCGCAGGUUCUGGAAGUGCUGGUUGCACUCAUUUUGGCCCAGGCACGCGAGUGUCUGUAUGAAAAACUUUUACUACAGCUAGAAGAAACGACCAAUUCCGAUUGCAGUGCGUUCCACCGCAAUCUUUCCGGCGAAGCUACCCAGUUGAUGGUCGAGUAUCGCGAAAUACACCGGAUAAUACAGAAUAACGAGGCGCAUACUUAUCUGCCCGAGUGCUGGGCCGGGCUGGUCCCGCUCAAAUCAGAACAUUACAAAGCCCUGGCCCACUAUCACACAGCCAAAUCGAUCGACCCGGCGCUCGUGACACCCGGCAAAACGAGCACACCAUCCAAAAGCCCAGCCGGCAACCGGCAGAAGUUGGCGGCUUUCGGUAGCCAGACGACGCUCACCCAGUCUCGGGAUACGUUCAUCUUCGAUGAGACCUCACUUGAGGGCGACCUGAAUCCGGCCAUGCUCAAGAAAGCCCAUCUUCGGGAGUCGCUGUCUAGUCAUGAAGAGGCCCAGCGGCUGCAGCGGAUGUGCCGCGAGUUGAAGAACAAAGUCGCCCUAACUAAGGUACUGAACUACGCGCUGGAGAAAACCUCCGAAGAGCUGGAGAUGCUCGAUAUGGAACUGGACGGGUCCGGUUUCCUGGAUGAGGACAUUGAUCUGAUUGAUGUCACCCUAAAUACAACCUCGAAGUUCACGAUUUCGUUGACCGGACCAGAUUUUACCGCAUAUAAAAUUGAGGAUCCAUUUCGGAAGCUCGGUCCGAUAGCAAUUUUUUCCGCCAGACGACACUGGACGGCGCCACGGUGCAUACGGCUUCAGAAGGGCAGUUCUCUUGCGAUUACUGGCGGAGGAACGCUGGAUCGACGUCGCUAUAAUAGUACUACCUUGAACGGGGGUAGUGCCGGAAGCACUAGCAGCGGAGGAAGCAGCAUCGGAAGAAGUGACGGAAGUGGCCGGGAGAAAUGUCAGUGUAACAAAACCAAUUACUACAACGACUUGCGCUCGUGUGACGUUUGCUUUAAGAAUGUAUGUAACGCCUCUGAGUCCGACUAUCAUCGUCAGCAGAGUCAUCAUCGAUCAGCCAUCGGAUUAAACGUGGCUCAAUCGAUCGACGGAAGUGACUACAGUGGCACCAUCGAUAGCUUCGAGAGCUUUGGUUUUCAUGUGCGAAGUGAUGCUCCAGUUAUGGUUUCGAACGUUGAAAUCAAUUCGUUGGCUGACCUCGGUGGUAUUAAGGAGGGAGAUUUCAUCGUAGAAUUGUGCGGAAUCGACGUCAAAUGGUACACCCACCAGCAGGUGCUGAAGUUGAUUAAGAAUUGCACCAACAGUUUGGACCUCAAAGUGAUCACUCCGAUGGAUCGCAAUUACUUGAAGCCCAUGGCCUCCACUCACUCCAAAGGAUCGAUUUCAACGCUGUCUGGCAGCUCGUCGGGAGUGUCCUCCGGUGCGCCAAGUCCGACCGGGACGACAACCAAGAAUAGUAAACCCCGCUCGAAGCUGGGCAAAAAUCGGCUCAGUAGUUUCACCUCCGGCAGCUGGAACCCGUUCCGCCGAACGCAGAGUUUAGGAAAAAUAUUCUAGCCUGUCAGGUUUGUUAUUAUUCUGUACAGAUUCUACCCCUAAGCUUGUUUCGCUGUUAAGUAUAUACUACCGAAUGCCAGAAGGAAACCCAAGUCUUGAUAUACUUAUAAUUCUUAUCUAUAUGUACUUUUAAACUCACAAUCACAAAACAUUUUAGGAUUGUAAAAAACGGAUGCCAUCGAACGAUCGGGAUCGCCGUUUGUUGCUAGAACAAAGUCAAUUGGCGCCCGAUCGUUGUUGUAUUAGCAAGUGUACUUAAAUUAUCAAGCUAUUCAAUCUUUUAAAAGGACAGUUCUUAGUCUGUAUAUUUAUUAUUUUAACCUCAAAUAGAAUUCUUCGAAUAUUAAUACGAAAUGUACUAUUGUGUACUACUAAAUGUACAAUUAUCUUCUUGUUGGCGCCCGACAAAUUCAGCAACCGUGGGAUCGUCAUGCAGUUGUCUUCUGGGACACCCUUAAAGGUAGACGAAAUCAUAUAGAGAAAUAUUUCACAUGUAUGAGAAAAGAGAAAAACCUAAUAAGCUUUGUACAUUUGAGUAACUUUUACGGAUUUAAUAAGAAUCAGGAUAUAUGUUAGGAAAGCGAACGAUACACACUUUCUUGAUGAAUAAGGGAGUACCUAUACAUUCCAAAAUAUCUAUGAUUUGCAAAAUGGAAAAGAAAUAAAUAAUGGUUCAGAAACAUGAAA